CUAUAUAAGAAUGUGCUCAGCACAAGAGCAAACUCUUUUUCAGGUGAAGGACUCUCCCGAAUCAGCCAUGCAUAUGACCGAAGACAGCGUUUCAAGGAGGCUUGGGGCCACUAACAAAACAUGUUUGUAUUUCAUCAUCGCUACCCUUGUUGCUUUACUCGUCUUUGCGUUAGCCACCAUCAUGGUCUUAGCCACUCAGAGGACGGCAGCUGAUCCUGCCACGGAGGGUGUUGCAAAACCUAUCAGAACAGGGAACACCUCCGAAGACUAUUUAAGAAUCCUACAGAGUGUCCCGAUCAAGACAGCCGCCGCGUACAUGAGAGUAUCAAACCCAGUAAAUAGUUCAAAACUGAGCUUGAUCGAGAAGGGUAUUUGUGAAGACAUCCAGUGCAACAGUGAGGAGCUGGUGAUACAGAAAGAAGGUCUCUACUUGAUCUACUGCCACUUGAACUUUUAUUUUGCCAACUGUUCAAACAACCCCACAGACCUGAAGGUAGAGCUCCUUGUGAAUGACAAAAUCAACAGGCAGACGUUAUCCACAUGGUGUGCAUCAGACACAUGCCAAGAAAAGACUUUUAAGACCUCAUUCCAGCUCCAUUUGACACAUCUAAACAUGAAGGACCGGAUAUCAGUAAGACUCAAUCAGCCUGAAUUUUUGAAUGUAGUUUUCCUUCCCAAUGAAAAUGUUCUCGGGGUCUUGAGGUACAGCGAUGAAAUGUGAGUGGCUCUCUGUCUUCCCGCGGCUGCCCAGACUAUCUUUCUCUGAACAACAGCAGCCUGCUUUUACUAGGCAAAACCUUGUUUUAAAUUUCCUAUCUUACUCCGUCGCUAGGGUAAACAAGGAACUUUGUGGCAGUGUCCCAGAAAGAAACCUAAAACACUGUAAGACCCGCAUCUGACAGACGUAGGAUCGCUCUCUUUUGGCUCAGAGUAGGACCGCUGAGAUGUUGGGCUAUCUGGCAUACAACCCGCAGCCAUGCCAAUGGUUCUUCAAAACAAUACUGUGCAAACACAGACCAAAACUCAGCCAGACUGCGGGAAGAAUAGGCAGCGCUGAGAAGUUUUGGCUAAUGGACUGCCGGCAAGGUGCCUGUGCUCAGGAGAUGGGGGAAUCUCUUUAUCUGAAUUAUAUCCAAUAGUACUUUGAGCUAGUCUUUCCAAAAGCUAACGGUCAAAGUUCAUAAUUAAUGCUAUCUUUACAACUGGAGCAUGCAACUGCAAGUCUUGAGCAGCUUUAUGGGUAGACUGUACAAAAGCAAAGAUGAGGAAAUCGUUGACUCACAGGCUGGUAGCUUAUGCCCUGGGACAGGAUGUAGGAGAUUUGGGACUUGCAAAAUAUUUCUGUGCUGCAUUCUGCUAGGGACUUUGUGGGAUUUAGUUCCAAAUGUUUCCUUUUUUACUAUUUAUACACCUUUUCUAUUUAAACAUUAAGCUCUUUGGGGGCAGCAACUGUGUGUAGGCACAGUGCUUAGCCUCUGUUCACAUCUGGGGCUUCUAGAGCCUUCCAUAACAAGUAGUGAAAUAAUAACUUAGUUGUGCUGCAAAACAAAGAAGUUCAUUAUGAUACAUUUUCCUUGAAUCUUGUCCAGCCUAUCUGGCAGUAAACUGAAUGACACUGUAGCACCAAGGUGUGUAAACACACCUCUAUCUAACACCACAACUUCCUGAAAAUCCAAGACUGAGAUCUGAGGUUCCAACUUUCCCGAAGACGACUUCAAAGCGGGCUCUCAACUGAGAGGUGCAGUACUUGGACAUUCCAGAAGAUAGAUUUUUAUUAGAGCUUCUUCAGGUCACUAAGAAGCUUAGAAAAUGAAGUGUAAACCAGCAAUCCCAGGCCUUCUUGAUCUAUGCAUUUCAGUAAUACAAAGGCAUUUACUUGAAAUGUGAUUUUUACAGUAAGGGAGAGAAAGGACCAAAAAUUUCUUUUCCCUUCGUCACUGAGGUUCUACUAAGGCUUGUUUCGUUGGCAUCUGUUUUUUCCCCUUGCGUACCUGUACCUUCUUUCCUUCACAUGACUAGAGCUGCAUGAACUGUUCCUGUCAAAACAUUUAGUCAUGGAAUUAGUGACAAAAUCUGUUUCUGGCUUCAGUAACCCAUUAAUUGUUUUAUUAUUCAGGCUUAUCUGACGAAUGGUUUGUGUGGACAUACUCAAGAUACUCCUGACAGUAGUAAUUUGCUGCUUGUGUUAUUUGACUCAUGGUGCAUACGGUGAGGUUUCUUCUCUUUGACCGGGUGACUUCAAAAUGCGCAAAAAACUUUCAUAAGGUCAUGAAGCACAGAUCUGCUUCAUUGCUAGAGGUACCUAGCAGAUAUCAGCAUAUAGAUACGUAUUUAUACAGUAACUGAUAAAACUUUCUCAUUUGAUAAACAUUGAUGCAAAAAAUUUUCCUUUCACUAGAAGUAGUUAGAAAAAAGAAAACUAAAUCUGUGCUUUCUUCCUUUCCUUUUCCCCUUAAAGAGAAGAAAUCACAUUUUUUAAGAAUCACCUUGCCCUACUUAAGACUUUCUAACCUCCAUGGAAAUGACCUCACCCAUCUAACCCUAUAAAACUCUCGUGUCACUGAAUAGCAUUUUUAACUGCUAUCUGCCUGCACCUUUGUACACACAACUAGUGCCCAGAGAAGUUUAAGUACAUCUUCCAGACAGGGAUCAUGGCUACUGAAUAUAGGAAAGGCAGCUGACUAAUUAAAAUAUACAUUUUUAUUCCCCACCCCGCCUUCCCUUAAGGCUUUGAAUUGAAGGAGAAAAAACAUUCUUUUUUUUUUUAAAUAAAAAAUCUCUCUGAGUA